AGAGAGAGAGAGAGAGAGAGGAAGAGAGGGGAGGGGUAAAAGUUGGACACGGACAAUCUUGCAGUAACUUUUUCUUCUUUCCUUUCUCCGUGGAAGAAGCCUCAUGAAAAAAAAAGACAAGGAGGGGGGAACAAGGAAAACCACCAGUGGAUUACAUUUGAAUUGCAUUUGUAUCGCAAGAAAAGAUUUCCAAUCUUGCUCCCUGGAUACAUCCACGCACUUAUUUACGGAUUAAUGUGGUCGCAAAUUUGUGGAUUUAUCAGAAGCUGAAGUUGGUGGCUGAGGUGAGGUGAGGUGUUUUUUUCGGAGGAGUGCAACCAUGUGGCUUCUCUGCUCCUCUCUGACUCUGUUGGCCCUCAGCUUUGCGUCAUGUGACACGCUGACAUCAGAGCAAGAUGCACAAUGCCCAUCUUUACAAGUGGAUGAAUGGAAGUUUCCUCAGACGGCCAGGCACAAUAUCACCGGUUUUAAUCUGGUGAGGCGAUUCUCCCUGCUCAAGAGUGCAGAUGUCAAGAAGAUCCGCAACCCUCGAGGACCCAUCAUCCUCCGCCUGGGCAAGACUACACUCCUACGCCCAACCGAUCAGGUGUUUCCUUAUGGCUUACCUGAGGAGUUCACCCUGAUCUUCACCCUGGCAUUAAAGAAAUCCGCCCUGAGAGACACCGUCUACCUCUUCCAGAUAUCUGAUCAGCAGGGAUACCCACAGCUCUCUGUAGACUUCAGCGGUCUCGAUGGCACCCUGUCCCUACGUGCCAGAGGGAUAGACACCACAGCUGACCUGGUGAGCUGCGUUUUCACCGGAGAGGGAGUGGAGGCCCUGAUGGACUUGCGCUGGCACAAGGUAGCCCUCAGCAUUCAACAAGGAGCCGCUUCCCUCCACGUAGACUGCAGCUCCAUAGAGACCAAACCCCUGGAGCCCCGUGGAGUUUUGGCCACUGAUGGACACACUCUGCUGGGCAUUCGGGCUUCAAAUGCUGAGCCUGUGCAGAUGGACAUUCAGCAGGUGAUGCUGUAUUGUGACCCCUUCCUCGCCAUUCAGGAGGCCUGCUGUGACAUACCAGGGGCACGGUGUCCACCAGAUGCUCCCAAGAGCCGCCGUGCUGCUGAAAAUGACCUGCUGGAAAACACUUUUAACCAGGACAUUUUUGCAUCCAAGGAUCUGGCUGAGAAAUGUGCUGGUUGUUUACUCCUGAAUAGGGAAGAAAAUGUACUAAAUCUCGGUGGCGUUUCUGGGCUGAAAGGGGAAAAAGGCGACCGGGGUGACGGCUGCACUGGCUCCCAUUCAGGUCCAUGCACAGAGGGACCCAGGGGCCAGAAGGGAGAGAAAGGCGAGCCGGUGCAGCCUGCCAACUGGGGUGAAGCUAUUGGGUACAAGGGAGAAAAAGGUCAGAAGGGAGAGCUCGGUCCACAGGGUCUCACAGGCACUCCAGGAAAGGAUGGUCGAACAGGGUCCGUCUGUGUAGUCGGCCCCAAGGGACAGAAGGGUACACCAGGUCAUGUGGGUCCUGAAGGAUUGGCUGGGGAGCCAGGGAAGCCCGGACUUCCAGGCCCACCAGGCAUUGGAAAGCCAGGCCUACCAGGCCCUCCUGGUGAGCCAGGUGGUGCAAAAGGAGAAAAGGGAGAUGAAGGACCUUCAGGAGAAGAUGGAUUUCCAGGAGAUCCAGGACCAAGAGGACCAGCAGGGUUUAAAGGAGAGAAGGGUGACCCAUGCGAAGUGUGCCCUGUGCUGCCUGCAGACAUGGGUAACACAGUAGCUCUUCAAGGAAAGCCAGGCCCUAAAGGGGAACCUGGUUUACCGGGGAUAGGGGAGAAAGGACUGCCGGGGCUUCAAGGUGUCGACGGCAAGGCAGGACAGAAGGGAGAAUCAGGAUCAGAUGGUGCCAAAGGAGAAAAGGGAGAGCCAUGUUCAGUAUGCCCCACUCUCGGAGAGCUGCCCGCUAACCUCCUCCCCGGUGUCAUGACCCAAACCCUGCAGCAGAAAGGCGAGAAGGGAGAGCCUGGGAUUGGACAGAAAGGAGAGCAAGGGGAGCCAGGUAUUGUAGGAUCACAUGGCCUUAGAGGAGAGAAGGGUAGUGCAGGCAGCAAAGGAGCUGAUGGUAAGACGGGAAAACCUGGACCGAGGGGACCCAAUGGCAAGGAUGGACAGAGAGGCACAAAGGGAGAUCAAGGGCUGCCUGGUCUUGGUCUUCCGGGCCUUAAGGGUGAGAAGGGCGAGUGUGGUGUGUGCCAGCCUGCCGAGGUUGGUAGCGGACCCGCCAGCAUCAAAAUGCCAGAGGGAACAAAAGGCAAACCAGGCGAACAAGGCCCUCCAGGUCCACCCGGUCCAGCCGGUCCUCCAGGUCUUGGAGCUGAAGGCAAACAGGGCCCACCAGGUAUGGCUGGUACACAUGGAGACAAGGGUGAACAAGGAGAUCCAGGAGAUAAGGGAAUGGAUGGAACUCCUGGAGCCCCAGGACUGCCUGGAGAGCCCGGUCGUGACGGACCGAUGGGCUUGAAGGGAGAGAAGGGUGAGGCUUGUACCAGUUGUCCUUCUCUGGCCACUGCAGUGGGUGAUGGUGUAACCGUGCCUGGCCCCAAAGGAGAGAGAGGAGAACCUGGUUCCCCAGGAGAAGGGAAACCUGGUAAAAAUGGAAAACCAGGCUUACCAGGUGUGCAGGGGCCUGCCGGUCCCAAAGGAAGCAAGGGAGAAACUGGAGUUGCAGGUGUCGGCCUUCCAGGACCACAAGGUGAAGAAGGACCAAGAGGACUCCCAGGAAUUGUAGGACCUCCUGGAGCCAUAGGACUGACUGGACCUGUUGGGCCUGCAGGGGAAAAGGGCUCCAGAGGAGAUGAUGGGCUUCCAGGACCACAGGGGCCUCCUGGCUUUGGAGUAGCAGGGCCACCGGGCAAAGAUGGAGCCCACGGCUCUCAAGGAUUGCCAGGAGCUGAUGGUAGACCUGGACUUGAUGGAGCUAAGGGGGACAAGGGUGCACCUGGAGAGUGCAACUGCAUAAUCCCAGCACACUCGGGCAUUGGCGGACCUGGAGCUCCAGGAACUCCAAUAAACACAUGGCAGCCUGGGCCUCAGGGCCCACCAGGACCUCCUGGCCCACCUGGCCCACCUGGGCCUCAGGGUGUUAAUGGAAACGAAGGACCACAGGGUAUCCCUGGAAACGACGGGAUACCGGGGAAACCGGGUUUGCCUGCACACAUCAGCCCCACUGGACCACACCAGUUGCCUCAAGACUCUACUGGUGGUGAAGAGGGCUGUGGUGAAGGCUGUUCCCAAGGGUUGCCGGGUGUGCCAGGCAUGGCUGGUGCCAAGGGAGAAAAGGGAGAGGAGGGAAAGCCUGGUGUAAACCCCUUGGACAGCUGUGACAGGUGUUUGGAGAGGCUGCAGAGAACACAGGCGACACAACCAGUGGAUGACAGACCCUGCGUAGGAACACCUGGAGUUCCAGGAGUAUCUGGAUCACCAGGAAUAAGAGGAGAGCCAGGUACACCAGGAGAGAGAGGCCCAGCUGGAAUACCAGGAAACAUGGGACCUCCUGGAUUCCCGGGUCCUCAGGGCUCACCUGGUUCACCUGGUCAGCAGGGUGAGCGAGGGUUACCUGGCCUUUCAGGAAUGAAGGGCGAGCAGGGCCCUACGGGGACAAACGGGUAUCCAGGACUCAUGGGACCGCCUGGACUGCCUGGACUUAAGGGCGAACGUGGAAACCCAGGAGGCAGUGGUCAGAAAGGAGAAUCAGGUCCUCCUGGUAGCCAUGGGCACCAAGGACAGGCUGGCGCACAGGGAAUUAAAGGAGACACAGGACCAGCAGGAGCUGCUGGUGCCAAAGGAGAACAGGGUUUCCAAGGACAGCCAGGUUUCCCAGGACCACCGGGUCCGCCAGGUAUUGCCGGCAAAAGUGGAAGGGAAGGGCUCCCUGGGAUCAAAGGUGAAAAAGGAAAUGAUGGCACUCAAGGCUCUCAAGGACCAACUGGACCCCCAGGCUCACCAGGCUCACCAGGAUUGAUGGGCCCCCCUGGCAUUGAGGGAUUGGAUGGAAAAUCUGGGAAACCAGGACUGCGGGGAGAAGCAGGCCCUCCAGGCCCAGCAGGUCCACGAGGAAUCCCAGGAUUCAAAGGGAAAACUGGCCAUGUUGGCUUCCCUGGACAGAAGGGUGAACCUGGACCUUCAGGUCCACCUGGAUCAUCAGGCAGACCGGGACAUGAUGGUGAUCCUGGCACCCCAGGAACUCAGGGAAGACCUGGACCUGCUGGCCAUGUCGGUUCUCCAGGUCCAGCUGGACCACCUGGACCCGCUGGUCCGUCAGGAGUGGGUAUAAAAGGAGAUAAGGGCCAAGCUGGUGAGAGGGGUCUUCCAGGGAUGGGAGGAGCCCCAGGACCACCCGGGCACCCAGGACCCAUGGGAGAGCCAGGCAAUGACGGUGCAGCUGGUAAAGAUGGAAUGGCAGGCCUACCAGGAGACAGCGGGCUGCCAGGUCAAAAAGGUGAGGCAGGGGCCGCAGGCCAGAGGGGUCCUCCAGGGGAGAGAGGUAGACCGGGUCCCCCUGGUGGUGGUGGAGGUUACCACUCCAAGGACGCACAGCCCAUGAUGGGCCCAGUUGGACCCAGAGGGGAAAGGGGAAGCCCAGGCUCAGACGGCUCCCCAGGGCCCCCUGGAAGUCCAGGAUCACCAGGAAAUGAUGCUGUCGUCAAUUAUGAUGAAAUCAGGAACUUCAUCCGCCAGCAGGUCAUCAAGAUCUUUGAUGAGAGAAUGGGCUACUACUUGUCUCGCAUGCAGACGCCAGUGGAGAUGGUGUCAUCCCCAGGUCGGCCUGGGCCCCCAGGAAAAGAUGGCUCGCCAGGUACCCCCGGAGCCCCAGGUUCACCUGGACUCCCAGGACAGAUUGGCAGACAAGGCCGGCCAGGAGGCCAAGGACCCCCAGGACCACGAGGCCCGCAUGGAGAAAAAGGAGAUAAGGGUGUUGGUGAGAUGGGAGAUGUUGGACCUCCAGGAGCACCAGGUGUUCCAGGCCCCCCAGGCUAUGGUAAAAUGGGACCCCCAGGUGCUGUUGGUCAGCAGGGUGUUCCUGGCGUCCCAGGUCCUUCUGGGCAGCCUGGUUCAAAGGGACGUGAUGGGCGCUGUAAUCCUGCAGACUGUAUGAGCCAUCAAGUAGAAUACAGCCCCAAGGGCCCUGUCAAGGGCCCCUGGUAGAGGGAUAAAGGAAAGGGGCAGAGGGGACUGGAGGAAAGAAACUACGGAGAAGACAUAAGGCCAAAGACCAUGACACAAAGUUAUUAAAUCUGACCACGAGACAAAAUAAAGGAGUUCCUUUGUUGUUGGAUUGUAUAGAUUUACCCACACAGAUUUCUACUGUAGAUGUGAGCAAAAAUCUUCUUUCUAAGGGCCCCACUGGAAUGAGGCUUGCAAAGACGCACCAACAGCACAUUUUUAUUGCAUCAUUCUUUUUCCCUAUGAAUGCCGAUUCAUUGCUAUAUUACUGCCUUUUAUUUUGGUCUCGCCUCUCUCUUUUUCUGUUUCACUCCUUUUGUACAUUUUCAAACAACCCAGGGGAGGUGACAAGAAUCACAAACUGUAUUUUUUUCUCCUUGAUUAAUUCUGGCCUCUUCUGUUUUCUUCUCUUUUUUUCAUUUUCUACACCUAAAUCUGUAGGAAGAGAAUACACACAAUUAUUGUAGCACUUUGCUUUCGCCUUUUUUUCUUUUCACACAGAAUCACAUUUGGAGCACAUCCCAUACAUUUCUAAUGUCUGUAUUUAGGGUGUGAUACAUAUUGGAAUUUGACUUGUGAGAGAAUAUCCAGAGAAAUGUAUUUCAGUUCUGUAGGAACAGAUGUCACAAAUACUUCAUUCAUCCCCUCUUUGAUGGAUUGACUGUUUUGUAUAUAUUUAUAUUUAUAUAUAGUGGCUUUUUAUACUUUUUCAAUGGAUUUGAUAAAAGGCGUACGCAUGGCUAGCCACUAAUGUUUCAUUGUCAAUGGAUUUAAAGCAACCAAAAAUGCCAAAGGGGUACUUUUUUUCUAAGGUGUAUAAGCUUUCAAAAUGGAAUGAUGCGUUCAGUAAAAGACAUUAUUUAUAGAAGAAAACUGCGUUUACAAAAGAAGGCAUAUUGGCUUUUGUUAUUAUGUUGUUAAAGUUAAUUUUGUGUCAUCUUAACUCCAGUCGUUUGAGAAAUACACCCAUUUAAAAGCAUCUCAUCUCAUUUUGUAUUCCAAAGUAGUUGUAAUAACCAUCUGUCUGCUUCACCAGGCAUUUGUUUGAGAAAAUAUGAGCAAUAAUUCAGCCUGUUCGCCACAGGUACUGUAAAGAAACACACUGAGUAAGGCCACGAAGCCCUCACAGUCACACAUAGAUUAAGAAAAUAUUAUGAAAAGCAUCACAAAUGUCUUAUAUAAUGUUCACAGUACUGUAUUUUGGGGUUGUUGUUUUUUAAUCAUUUUAAGGAAGUCUAUGGAGUUUCAAAUCACUACCAUUUCUUACCUUCUCCGUAGUUUAAUCAGAGCCAUGGUGGAAAUGUUCAACAUUAAAUUGCUUUUCAAAGA